CUUGAUGACAGAACAUCCUUUUUUGAUAACUCGCCCUUAUUUACGCAUUAUUUAAACGCACAAUGGACAUGGACCGGCGAUGCUGUUAGAAAUUAUCUCCAUCUAUAUUUAUUAUCUACAUAAUCAAAAAUAAUUUAAAUUUAAAUCACCAACAAUGGAAACAAAUACUUUCCUUGUGCUUUUAUCCUUAGGACUGUUAUGCUCAGGUACUCCGCAAUUCAAAGGUAAUGAAAGGCGUAUUAGAAGAAUAAUUGACGGGACAACGACAGCAGAACCAAAGAUUAAGUUAAACAAUAGCACUUUGAUGAGUAGUAAUGCUAGUCUAAGUACAACAAUGAGAAUAAAGACUGCUCAGAAUAGUGAAACGACGACAACAUCAGCUACACACAAUCGUGAAACCAGUACCGCUAGCAGUAAAACGACAACUCAAGCCAUUGAUAAGUUACAAUAUGAACGUUAUACGACAAUGAAUCAGAACCAUCAUACGAGCACGACUACUGCAAUGCCAAUUUCAGCGGAUGCUUCAUCAUCUUCAGUCUCUCCGCCUGCAUCCCGUCAAUUUGAUGUCAUGAGCUUCUUAGGUGGAUCUCUCUUCGCAUUCUGCGUCGUCGGACUGGGAAUUUUCGCGUGGAAACUGUAUGCGCUGCACGUCGAACGUAGUUAUAGAACAAUUUAAUUAAAUAUAAUCUUAUUAUAAAUUUAAAUUGAAAUAAAGAAUUAUUGCUACGA